UAAACUACUGUCAAAUUGCGGACAGCGGCGGUGGCUAACAACCGGGAGUAACAAUCGGCUCAGUGACUGCUCAUAUCGGAUCGGACGCGGGGACAAGGCGCAGAGGAUACAGGCAGGCCUGAGCGCGGGGAGUCGGGGCACUUGCCAAGAGUUGUAAAGAGUGGCGGUUCGGCCGAUGCAGAGUUAACAUCUGCAUGUAGAAUCAGCUAAAAUGAAACUGCGUGUGCGCAUUCAACGGCAGAGAGGCUGGGUGGAGCUGGAAGAGGAUGAACCGACUCUCGGUGACCUGCGCAGUAAAAUAACCAACUCCUUUCUGCCAUCAUUAGGCUACAAUACUGAUACAGAGUUUAAGAUCAGUUUAAAUGGGAGAGAUGCUCUGACUGAUGACCAGCUAACUAUCAAGUCUAUUGGAAUAGUCACGGGAGAUUUGAUCUGCUUAAUGGUACCAGAUUCCACAUCUGCCCCUGGUUCUGUCUCAGCAACAGACUUGAAUAUGAGGGAGCAACCAUCGUGUUCCCAUGCUGCUCCAAAUCAGAUCCUUGAGAAUAACGUGAGUGGAUCUGAGACCAAUCAUAAUGAUGACUCUCUCACAGUGCAACAGUCUGAGGAAAACCUCCCGAUUUCAUCAUCAGAUGAUACGUCUAUGACAUUGGAAGAGACAAAAUAUCCACAUGAGCCAAUGUUGUGCAGUGAAGCAAUUGAUGGGCAGGUGCCACAUUCAUUAGAAACACUUUAUCAGUCAGCUCAGUGCGCUGACCCGAAAGACGCUCUGAUUGUGGUGCUUCACCUCCUCAUGCUGGAGGCAGGGUACAUUCCACAGGAUUCUAAUCUGAAUAUUGUCCAAAUGCCUGAAAAUUGGAAGAACGGAGGUCUUUAUCGAUUACAGUACAAUCACUCCUUGUGUGAAGAUGGUUCUGCUACACUCAGCUGCAUCCCAAUGGGAAAUCUGGUUGUAGUCAAUGCUACAUUGAAGAUCAAUGAAAAUAUCAAAAGUGUAAAGAAACUGCAAUUAUUACCUGUGUCCUACGUUCGCCCAAAUGUUCUCGGUGAGAAUGCUGCACAAGUUUACAAAGAUCUACAGAAACUAUCCUGCAUGUUCAAAGAUCAGCUGGUAUAUCCUUUGCUUGCCAAUGCUAGACAAGCUUUGAAUCUCCCUGAUGUGUUUGGUCUUGUGGUUCUCCCUCCGGAACUCAAAUUACGGAUUUUCCGUUUUUUGGAUGUACUCUCCAUCUUAUCUCUGUCAGCAGUUUGCCGGGACCUUCAUACAGCUACCAAUGACCAGUUGCUUUGGAGAUUUCUGUACAUGAGGGACUUCAGAGACUCGAGAACAAGCAGCCAUGAUUGGAAGAAACUCUACAAAGAGAAGUAUGUAACAAAGUGGAAAAUGAUGCAAAGACUUCCCUUUUACUUGCCACCGGCUUUGCCCUUAUUUCCUGGUCAGCCUAGUCCAUUCAAUCCCUUUCCAAUUGAACCCCGCCAGUUUUAUCCACCUGGUAUUAUUGGAGGAGAAUACGAUGAGCAUUUUCAGCUGCCUUACAGAGGAGACCCUGUUAAUCGCUUUUUACCUGGAUCAGGAGCAAGAUUGGGACCAUUGCCAGGGACACUGCCACCAUUCAGACCACAUUUUAACCCAUCAGAUUCUACCCCAGGUCAGUUACCUGCAAUACCUGGAUUUCAUGCCAGCAGAUUUCCAGGAAGAUCUUCUGGAAGCAGAUCAGCAAACAUCAGGCGUGGAAUCAUUUAAGAACCCUUAAUAGAAGCUUUCGAACUUUUCUUAGUCGUUCUUAAAGGAUGGAUAGUUUCUGCAUCUUUAACUUUUGUCAGUCUUUUUUUUUAAAAGAAUUGUAAAUAGUUAUGGUUGAAUAUAGAUGGGUUGCUGAACUUGCACAUAGUAUACUUUCAUUCACUGAGCUAAGCUGACAGGUGAAAUAAGGACUACAGAAAGUAUGGCAAGAAAUCCAAAGGCGCAGUGGCCUCAUGAUUUAAUACUUGUACAUUUUAUUUCAGGAGGAGAGAAAUAAAAUGCAAAAUUUGGAAUAUUGAUCCAUUUUUUCUGUUCUAAAUCUUUUCAGAAUAAUUUACAUGCAAAGAUAAUUACUUUUCUGAGCAAGAUUGUAAUGGAAACUUCAGUAAAAUAGGUUAGUUUGUAAUAUGCAAUACUAUGAAAGCAGCUACUGAAGAAUUAAUAAUUGCAAUGUAACAGUAUAAAUAAUACUUGUCUUUUAGAAAUUACCAAAUUAUGACUUCUGUAUUCAACAUGCAAGAGAAAAGAAGCUGAUUAAAGUAACAGCAAUUAUAAUAUUUACUACAAAGUCCAAAGAAAUAAGUGAAAAUAGAUGAUUCUUUCUGUAAAACUAAAGUGGUUUAAAAUUUUUUGGUUCAAAUACUAUCGGUCCAUUUAUAAUGAUUAACCAUUGAGGGAGGGCUUGUGAGAUUAAUCAGAAAGGAAUAUAAAUUAUGUUGUAAUUUAGCCAAUCCAUGAGGUAUAAUAGUAUAUUUGUAGGAAUUUUUAUCUGUCAGCUGUGUGACUUAACCCUCCAAUAUUUGCAGCAUGAGUUAAGUAUAGCAUAGAGUAAGUAGCAUAAGUUCCAAACUUCAGAGUUGAAGAUAGACAUUCAAGGUAACAGUACAGUGAUGUUAUGCAUCACUUAGUUUACAUAAUUUUGCUUUCUUAUUUAAAAGUUUGAGAAUAAUUUGUAGAUAACUUCUGGGUUAGUGAAAGGUGUGAAAUUGUACCAACAGGAUCCACUAAUGAGCUGGACAGAGAACAUUACAGCACAGUACCGGCUCUUCGGCCCAUGCUGACCUUUUCACCUUCUCUAACUUCAAUAUAACCCUUCCCAACUACAUAACUUUCUAUUUUUCUUUCACCCAUGUGCCUAUCUAAGAGUUUCUUAAAUGUCCCUAAUAUACCUGCCUCUACCACCACCCCUGGCAGGCAUUCCAUCCACCCACCACUCUCUGUGUAAGGAACUUCGGAGAUCCUCCUACGCUUUCCUCCAAUCACUUUAAAACUAUGCCCCUUCUAUUAGUUAAUUUUUCCCCUACCCAUGUUAUCUAUGCCCCUUAUCAUCCUGUACACCUCCGUCAAGUUCUCCUUCACUCCAAAGAGAAAAGAUCUAACUCAUUCAGCCUAUCUUCAUAAGACCUGCCCUCUAGUCUAGGCAGCAUCCUGGUGAAGAGGUGACCAGAACUGAACACAAUAUCCCGAGAGUAAUCUAAACGGUUUUAUAGAGCUUCAAUACUACCUCGUGGAUUUAAACAAUUUCCUCAACUAACGAUGGCCAACACCUGAUAAGCCUUCUGAACCCUAUCAGCUUGCAUAGCAACUUUGAGAGGUCUGUGGACAUGAAGCCCAAACUCCCUCUGUACCUACACACUGCCAAGAAUCCUGCUAUUAACCCUGCAUUCUACCUUCCAAAAUGAAUCAUUUCACACACUGAAUGAAGCAAAUUCCUCAAAAUUAAAUACUGUUAGCAAAGUGGACAAGAAACAGUGACUUAAUGGUAAAUCAGUCCCAGAGCAUCGGGGGCAUUGAAAAAAGAAAUUCAAGCAUUAUGAUUUACGUGUUCCCACACAAAGGAUGAGACUGCCAGGUCUAGGAUAAACUGAGAAUACAUCAGGCAAAAAAUCAAUCAAGAGAAGCAUAUAGUGUAGGGAAGUGUAUGGCCAUGCACUUUAGUAUAAGGUAUAAAGACAUAGACUAUUUUCUAAAUGGGGAGUAAAUUCAAAAACCAGAUACGCAAAGGGACUUGGGAUUCUCCAUGCAGGAUUCCCUAAAGGUUAACUUGCAGGUUGAGUUGGUGAUAAGGAAGGCAGAUGCAACGUUAAGCAUUCAUUUUGAGAGGACUAGAAUAUAAAAAUAAGAAUAUAAUACUGAGACUCUAUCAAGCAUUGGUCAAACCGAGUAUUGUGAGCAGAUUUGGACUGCUUAUCCAAGAAAAAAUGUGCUGGUACUUGAGAAGGUUCAGAGGAGGUUCAUGAGAAUGAUUCUACGAAUGAAAGGAUCAAUGUAAAGGUGGGUUUGAUGACCUGUACUUGCUGGAGUUUAGAAGAAUUAAGUGGCUAUCUCAUGAAACCUAUCAAAUAUUGAAAGGCCUAGAUACAAUGGAUGUAGAGAAGAUGUUUCCUACCAUGGGGGAGUCUAGGACCAGAGGGCACAGCCUCAGAAUAUCAGGGCGUCAUUCAGAAAAGAGAUGUGGAGGAAUUUUGUUAGCCGGAGGGUGAUGAAUCUGUGGAAAUCUUUGCCACAGAUGGUUGUGGAGGUCAGGUCAUUGGGUAUAUUUAAAGUGGAGGUUGAUAGGUUCUUGAUUAGCCAGGGAGUGAAAGGUUAUGGGUAGAAGGCAGGAGAAUGAUGAGGUUGAGAGGGAUGAUAAAUAAGCAAUGAUGAAAUGGCGGAGCAGACUUGAUGGGCCAAAUGGUCUAAUUCUGUAUCUACGUGUUAUGGUCUUAUAUAGCAGUGAAGGAGUGAAACAGAAAUUAGGAAAUCAAACAAGGUAGGAAGAACAAGUGUUUUCUGAAAUCUUAAUGUUUUAUGACUCUAAUAUCUAAAGAUAUAAAAAGCAGAAGAAAGUGUUUGCUUUGGAACACAGGAUGGAGGAUUGUUAAAGAUGGAAAAUGAAAUUAUGAGUGGCCUAGAUGGUACAGGAGCAGAGACAGUAUGGAGAUUAAAGUGGACUAGUAUAUGCACAUUUUGGCAAGUAUAAAAAAGUAGCUGCCAGGAGAGGGAGCAAUUGAGCUAAAAGUGAUGCAUUAGUUUGCAAUGAAGUUUUCUGAAACCUGCUGUCCAGACUUCCGUGAAUUGCCACCUGAUUAACUCCCAAAGGGCAGCACAUCACGGCAGUUACAUACUUUUGAAAUGGAAAUAAUAUUUUUCUGACACUGUCAUACCAUGAAACAUAAAUAUGUUUCCAUUACAUUCUAAAUUCUUGGACGUUAUAUUUUCAUUCAAAAUUACUAAUUUAAUUCAGAGAUACGGCACGGUGACACGCCCUUCUGGCCCAACAAGCCCACACCAGCCAAUUACACCCAUGUAACCAAUUAACCAAGUAACCCAUUCAUCUUGGGAAUGUGAAAGCGGAGCACCCAGAGGAAGCCCACGUGGUCACUUGAAGAAUGUACAAACUCCUUACAGACAGCGGCAGGAAUUGAACCCCAGUUGCUGGUGCUAUAAAGCAUUGCACUAACUGCUAUGCUACUGUGCUGCAAAGGUUUAAGAUUAGCUUAAAUCUUCAAUUUCUGUUAUGCUUUUGUCCAGGUGCUGCUUUAUUGUUGAGCAGCAUCAGCAUUACGUUAUCACUACGUGUUAAAUUCCAGCUUUCCUUAAUUUUAGACAAAAGAAAAUCUUUAAAUUAGUGAUAUCUGAUUUAACAUUGCAGAGUAUUAAUAACUAUCAUUCAAGAAAAGGUAGCUUUUAGCAGAAACUUACUCAAUUUCUGAAUUUUUUUUACAUUAACAAUAAGGCACGCACACACUGUAUUAAACUGCCACAUAUAUUGUGACUUGUUGGUGCUCAUUGUUGGACAUCAUUGCUAUGCCAAUGAAAAGGCAUACUCAAAAUCAAUGCCAGGAAUACACAAUAGUGAGACCCAGGUAUUGGAUCAGCUGACUCUAAACCAACUACUGAGAAUACAGUAUUUGAUAAGGUUGACUGGAUAACUGCACUCAAAGUACAAAACUGCACCCCAAUCCCAUUCCAACAUGUUGAUCCAUAACCUCCUUUUUUGCCACAAUGAGGCCACUCUCAGGAUGGAGAAGCAACCUGGUGGCAUGAACAUAGAUUACUCCUGGUAAUAUUUUCCCCUCCCACCUUCCCUCUUCUAUUCUUCUCCCUCCUUCCCUCGUCUAUUCUGGCCUCUUACCUCUUCUCCUCAACCUGCCUAUCACCCCCUCCUUCUUCCCUUUCUCCUAUGGUCCACUCUCUCAUGUCAGAUUCUUUCUUCUCCAGCCCUUUACCUUUCCCACCUAUCUGGCCUCACCUAUUACCUUCUAGCUAGUCCUCCUUCCCCUCCCUCCUUUUUAUUGUGACAUCUUCUGCCUUCCUUUUCAGCCCUGAAGAAGGAUAUCAGCCUGAAAUGUCAACUGUUUAUUCAUUUCCCAUAGAUGUAGCCUGGCCUACUGACUUCAUCCAACGUUUUAUGUGUGCUGCUCUGAAAAUAAAUGUCUGAAUUUUGAAUCUGUGUCCUGUUUAUUUCCCUUCAUAGAUGCUGCCUGUCUUGCUGAGUUCUUCCAGUUUU